AUGACACAAAUACUAACUCAGAUUGAAAAUUUAUCUCAAAUUGAUAGCAUCUUUAUUUUCGAUUGGGAACAACGAUCUCAUGAUCGACCUAUUCUAGAAUAUUCAAAACUCAUUGGUGUUUUUCAGGAUUUCGAUAUGUUAUCGUCUUCUAUUGAAGAACAAAUGGAAUUUCUCAAUGAACAUUUUCAAACGUUUAGUUUCUUUGAUCAAAAUGAAUAUCUUAUAAAAGACUUAUCAAAACAUACAGCUGAUCUUCUCUGGUAUCAACUUUAUCAUGAUGUGUUGUCUCAGCCAGCAUACGUCACUGAAGAUGCUUUACAAACAAUGAUUCACGAAUUUCGUUCAUUGUAUCGAGAAAAUAGUAAAACAUUUGAAACAAUUGAAAAUUUCGCAAGAGAAUAUCGAUCAGACGAUGCUUUACAAUGGUAUUUGAAAAAGACAUUUCUCUAUAGAAUGAUCAACAAAGCAUUAAAAGUCAAAGAUAUUGAUCAAUUAUAUGUACUAAAGUCUUUUAUGAAAGAUGUAACACAAUGUUUUAUUCGUGAACAUCGAAAAUUGAUUGAGACAGGCAAAGAAAAAUUGAUUGUCUAUCGAGGAAUGAAAUUAUCAAGAGAUCAGAUAGAAAAAUUUACAGAGAAUCUUGGUCAACUCAUUUCAACCAAUGGUAUUUUAAUCACAACUAGUGAUCAUUUAACCGCAAUGAAUCAAAUAAUAUGUAAUCAAGAAAAAGCAAACCUUUGUUCUAUCUUAUUGAAAAUCGAAUGUGAUUUAUUACAUAUGAAUGGUAUUGAUGUUAUUGCUGAUUUAGAGGAAGAGUAUCAAAUGAUUUUAUUCAAUUCAAAUGCUACUUUUCAAUUGGUUGACGUAAAAAUGAAUGAAGAAAUUACUUUGAUUCAACUCAUCCUAUCAAAUGAAAGUCAAACUAUAAAAGAAAAAUAUAUAAAUGAUUCUCGUCGUCGAAUAGCCAACAUUAGUCUUGAUAUUCUGUUUGGUCAAUUAAUGUGUGAUAUGGGUUUGUGGAAUCAAUCACAGCAUUAUCUGGAAUAUUUAUUGAAUGGUUCACAAUUGAAUAAUGAAGAUUUCACACAAAUUGAAUAUAGUCUUGGCGAUGUUUAUCAAUUGAAAGCUAAAUGGUAUGAUGCACGAAAAUAUUAUGAUCGUGCUUAUGUUAGAAUAAAAAAUGUUCAACCUGCAAAUAACAAAGAAUCAGCUUAUGUGCUCUGGAAUAUUGGCAACAUCGCGUUUGAAGAAGGAAAAUAUGAAGAGGCUCGCGAUCAUUAUAGAAGAGCAUUAUCACUUCUAAAGCCAAAUAAUACAUCUACAACGAUAAGAAAUGUACUAAAAUGUACAUUAAAAUACGAUGAAGCAUUGGAUUAUUUUAAGCAAGCAUUCAACAUGCAAAUAACCUAUUAUCCAUCGGGUGAUAUUACGAUGAUGGAAAGUCUCAACAAUAUUGGCGAUCUUCUAUUUGAUCAAAAGCAGUACAAUGAUGCUUUAAGUUAUUAUCAACAGGCAUUAACAAUUUGCCAGACACAUGCACCAUACGCUAUCAAUUCUGUAGCUUUUUGUAUGAAUAAUAUUGGAAUCAUUCUAUGUACGCAACAGAAAUAUGCUGAAGCUCUUGAAUAUCAUCAGAAAGCCCUUAAUAUACUAGAAAAUAAAUCUUCAUUGUACCAAACUGGUAUAACGGACAGUCUUUGUUACAUUGGUGAUCUUAUGAUCGAAGAGGAAAAAUACAGUGAAGCACUUGACUAUUAUCGAAAAGCUUUAACAUUACUGGAAAACUAUCUUGCUUCUCCACAUAUUAAUAUUGCUGAUAUUCUCAAUCGUAUGGGCCAUGUCUUAUACCAUCAACGGAAAUAUGACGAAGCCAUUGAGCUUUAUCAGCAGUCAUUAUCUGUUCGAGAGAAACUGGAUCCAGAUGGUAAUAUUGAUAUGGCGCCCGUUCUUAUCAAUAUUGGAAAAGUCUUAUAUGAGAAAGUUGAUGAUGAUGGAGCUCUGUCAUAUUACCGAAGAGCUUUAGUUAUUCAAGAAAAAUGUUAUCAGUCACCACAUAUCGAUAUUGCAGAUACCCUAAACAGCAUUGGUCUUGCAUUAUACGGUCAGAAAAAAUACGAUGAAGCAUUGGAAUUUUAUCAACGAUCAUUAUCUAUUCGAGAGAAACUGGAUCCAGCCGAUAAUAUUGAGAUGGCGACCGUUCUUACCAAUGCUGGGCGUGCCUUGUAUAAGAAAGCUGAUGGUGACGGAGCUCUUGAACAUUAUCGGAGAGCCUUAGCUAUUCAAGAAAAAUAUUAUCAAUCACCCCAUAUCGAUAUUGCAGACAUCCUUAACAGAAUUGGUCUUGCAUUAUACGGUCAGAAAAAAUACGAUGAAGCACUGAAAUUUUAUCAGCAGUCAUUAUCUAUUCGUGAGCAACUGGAUCCAGAUGGUAAUAUUGAUAUGGCGACUGUUCUUACCAAUAUUGGGCUUGCCUUAUAUAAGAAAGCUGAUGAUGAUGGAGCUCUUGAAUAUUAUCGAAGAGCUUUAGUUAUUCAAGAAAAAUAUUAUCAAUCACCCCAUAUCGAUAUUGCAGAUACCCUUAACAGCGUUGGUCUUGCAUUAUACGGUCAGAAAAAAUACGAUGGAGCACUGGAAUUUUAUCAACGAUCAUUAUCUAUUCGAGAGAAACUGGAUCCAGCCGAUAACAUUGAUAUGGCGACCGUUCUUACCAAUGCUGGGCGUGCCUUAUAUAAGAAAGCUGAUGAUGAUGGAGCUCUUGAACAUUAUCGGAGAGCCUUAGCUAUUCAAGAAAAAUAUUAUCAAUCACCCCAUAUCGAUAUUGCAGACAUCCUUAACAGAAUUGGUCUUGCAUUAUACGGUCAGAAAAAAUACGAUGAAGCACUGAAAUUUUAUCAACGAUCAUUAUCUAUUCGUGAGAAACUGGAUCCAGAUGGUAAUAUUGAUAUGGCGACUGUUCUUACCAAUAUUGGGCUUGCCUUAUAUAAGAAAGGUGAUGAUGAUGAUGGAGCUCUUGAAUAUUAUCAAAGAGCCUUAGUUAUUCAAGAAAAAUAUUAUCAAUCACCACAUAUCGAUAUUGCAACAUGCCUUAACAGUAUCGGCUUUGCGCUAUGUCGUCAGAAGAAAUACGAUGAAGCACUGGACUUUUAUCAACAAUCAUUAUGUAUUCGAGAAAAACUAGAUUUACUUGAUAGUAUUGAUACGGCGACUCUUCUUUGCAAUAUUGGUCAUACAAUGUAUGAAAAAUAUGAUUACAAUGCAACACAUUCAUAUUAUCAGAGAGCUUUGGUCAUUCAAGAAAAAUAUUAUGAAUUACCACAUAUCAAUGUUGCGAAUACUCUUAACAGAAUUGGUCUUACAUUAUAUGACCAGAAGAAAUACGAUGAGGCACUGGAAUUUUAUCAACGAUCAUUAUCUAUUCGUGAGAAACUGGAUCCAGAUGGUAAUAUUGAUAUGGCGACUGUUCUUACCAAUAUUGGGCUUGCCUUAUAUAAGAAAGCUGAUGAUGGAGCUCUUGAAUGUUAUCGAAGAGCCUUAGCUAUUCAAGAAAAAUAUUAUCAAUCAUCACAUAUGGAUAUUGCAGAAAGCCUUAAUAGAAUCGGUCUUGCGUUAUGCGGUCAGAAGAAAUAUGAUGAAGCAUUGAAAUUUUAUCAACGGUCAUUAUCUAUGCAAGAGACACUGGAUCCAGAUGGUAAUAUUGAUAUGGCGACUGUACUUACCAAUAUUGGGCUUGUCUUAUAUGAGAAAGCUGAUGAUGAUGGAGCUCUUGAAUAUUAUCAUAGAGCCUUAGCUAUUCAAGAAAAAUAUUAUCAAUCACCCCAUAUCGAUAUUGCAAAAAGCCUUAGCAGAAUUGGUCUUGCGUUACACGAUCAGAAAAAAUACGAUGAAGCACUGGAGUUUUAUCAACGAUCAUUAUUUACUCGAGAGAAACUAGAUUUACUUGGUAGUAUUGAUUCGGCGACUGUUCUUACCUAUAUUGGUCUUAGUAUGCAUGAAAAAGGGGAUUACGAUGCAGCACGUUCAUAUUACCAGAGAGCUUUAGUCAUUCAAGAAAAAUAUUAUGAAUCACCACAUUUCGAUGUCGCAAAAAGUCUUAACAGAAUUGGUACGACGCUAUGCGCUCAGAAGAAUAAUAUGCAAUCUGAAGAAAAUGAAUGUUGA